UACUGUGAAGAGCUUCUUCCUGAGGCUGCCUUCUUCAGCUCGUUGACAGGCAUACCACAGUGCUUGGCCAUGGAUCUGCUGAGUGCCUGCAGCCACCCGUGCUGGUUCCUGCUCACGCUGCUUCUGGGGCUGCUGCUCUGGCUACAGAGGAGACAACGCUGGGACCCCAGAAAGUGUCCCACUGACCUGAGCGGCAAAACAGUGAUCGUUACCGGAGCCAACAGUGGGAUCGGCAAGUGCGUGGCCAUGGAGCUGGCCCGUAGGAACGCCCGCACCAUCCUGGCGUGCCGGAGCCAGGAGCGGGGCCAGGCGGCGGUGGAGGAGAUACGGGCGGCCACCGGCAACCCCGCGGUGGUGCUGCGGCUGCUGGACACCAGCUCGCUGCGCUCGGUGCGCGCCUUCGCCCGAGCGGUGCUGCGGGAGGAGAAGCGGCUGGACGUGCUGGUCAACAACGCCGGCGUCACCGGGUUGCCCUUCGCUGUCACGCCGGAGGGCCUAGAGAUGACCUUCACCACCAACUACCUGGGGCCGUUCCUGCUCACCAACCUGCUGCUGGACCUGCUGAAGGCCUCAGCGCCUGCCCGUGUGGUCAACGUCUCGUCUUUCCGGCACAGCGUGGGGACCGCUGACGGUCGGUACCUCACCGGGCAGCAGCGCCCCGGGGGCCACGACGCUGCCUACAACAGCACCAAGCUGAUGAACGUCCUCUUCAGCGCCGAGCUGUCGCGGCGGCUGCACGGCACAGGGGUGACCAGCAACGUGCUGAGUCCUGGAGUGGUGAGCACCAACAUCAUGCGUCACUUUGGCUGGGCCAUGCGGACCCUCUUCUUCCUCCUCCGCCCCUUCCUAAAGUCGCCAGAACAGGGAGCCAUCAACACCAUUUACUGUGCUGUGGCAGAGGAGGUGUUGGGCAUCACAGGCAAGUACUUCAGGAGUGACUGCAGCCUGGCACUGCCCGCCCCAGCUGGCCGUGAUGCUGGGCUGGCUCGCAAGCUCUGGGAGGAGUCGGAGAGGCUGACAGGGCUUGGAAUCAGACCCCAGCACUGACCCAGCAGUGGCUGUGCCACACCUGGUGCUGCUAGCUGCUGUGCCAGAAUCCCUGCAGCUCCCUGGGAUGUAAGAAUGAAUGCCACAAAUGGGAUGCUGGUGCCAUGUAGGUGCUGGGCAGCCUGUGCCAGGGGGCAGGCAGCUGCCCCAGCACCCAAGUGCAGCACAGAGGGCGUCAUCCCACUGAAACCAGCCUCCCAGACCCUUCCCCAACAAAAGAGUGGCCACAGAACCCAGCUGUGCCAGGAUAGCCACCAUGAUGGGCACAAAUGGUGCCAUGGGGCAUGACAUAACUCAUUUAUUAAAGAGCUUGGCUACUCCCAAGCAAUGU